AUGUCCACAUCCGCAUCCACAUCUGCCCCCGACGCCAUGGACAUCACUUCUCCUCCUACCGCUUCUGCUCCGAGCCAUGUAGCCGACCAUGAGACCAAUGGCAAGCUGAGCAAUCGGCCGAACCAACUGCCCAACAAUGACCGAAACCCUGCUGACUCGUCAUCCAAUAUGCCUGCGCCGCCGACAGCUGCCUCAUCUGCUGUCCACCAGCCGAAGAUUGUACAAACAGCCUUUAUUCACAAGCUAUAUAACAUGCUGGAGGAUUCUAAACGAGAUGUCUUCCACACCGGCAAUCCGGAUACCACACUGUGGGAGUUUAAACAUGGCAAUGGCAGCUUUAAGCGGGGUGAUAUCGCUGGACUGCGUGAUAUCAAGCGACGAGCUAGUCGUCAUGCUCUGGUUCAUCGCGAGACCAACUUCACCAAACCCGGCUCUUCGCAACCCGGUACACCUGCCGAGCCCGUUCAAGUCCCCCCAGAGAGCAUCGAUGCGAGGCUUGCAAAUCUAGAGCACACCCUCUACGACGUAAGCGCACGAUUACAACGAAGCGAAGAAACCGCCCAUUACAUGCACGUGAAAAAUCAGACCGUGAUGGAAACUAUGGGUCGAUUGCUGCAUUUCAACCAAGAAUUGGCUCGGGCCAUGAUAUCGCUAGUGCCGCUGGAUAGUGCAAUUCACCGUGAAGUGAUGAGUCUCCAAGGAGAGAUACAACGACAGGCCGAUAUGAUUCGGACAGUUGACGAGCCUCAAGAUGUGCCAUUUGUGGGUCGACAGCAAUACUUCAGCAACGUCGACAAUGCUCCGGUGUCGCCAAGGCAAUUGCCACAGGAUGAUUCCAGACGACCAGCUGGUGGACUGACAGUACCGCAGUCCCAAGCCCGAGGGCAGCCCUUGUAUCGGCCCGGUGUACCAUCGUCUCUUACACUCGGAGCGCGACGUCCAUAUGGCUCCAUCGGUGGCAGCAGCACUACACAAUCCUCGCCUCUCCGCAAUGCUGCGGCUCCGCCACCUUCGGGUCCGCAUCCUCUUUCAAACGUGGAAACACCGCCUAGCAACCUGGCUCGAAGACACACUGCUGCAGACAUUCGCGCCCAUGGAUGGCAACCUGGACCCUCCCCCUUCUCGGCGGCUAACGCGCCUCCUGGCCCAUGGCCGUCGUCACCUGGAAGAGUGGCUCCAGAGGACCAGCGUAUCAGAGAGUCCUUAUCGACAUACUCGCUACAGACGGCUUCACAUUCUCAUCCGCAUUCCCGACCCACCACUCCCCCGCCCCCUCAUGCACCGGCAAAUGGCAGUAGCAAUGGGGGAGAUGCAUUUGGUGGGUGGUCCUGGAAUUCGGCAGGCAGUAGGGACACCAAAGGGCCCCUAUUCAAAGAUUCAUCGGCGCCUCCGACCAGAAGAGGCAGUAUGGCGCACAUCUUGAACCCAAGUGACACGGCUGAGAGGUCAGAUGAGGACGAAGAUCCACGUGGUGAUGAUGAUAGAAAACGAAAACGAAUGCAGUGA